AUGUCCCCAUCGGAUCUUGAGACCCUCCGCACCCCCUCUGUCGCUCGCUUCCAUCCGUCGUUCAAAGUGCAUCCGCAAACUCGCCUCUCCGCCAUCCCCCUCCUGUACCUGGCCCGACCCAGACAAAGGCCUGCCUGUGGUGCGAUAACUACUGCUGCUGGUGCUGGUGCUGGUGCUGGUGCUGGUGCUGGUGCUGCUGCUGGUGACUCGUCCUCCUCCACCCUUUCGCUGUCGCUGCUGAAUCUCCCUCAUCUGCCAACUUUCCACGCCCAUUUCGAGUCCACCCUCGCUCACUCCCCGACCGACCCCCAGGCCCCGUCAUUGCCAUCGCCACACUUCCAUCCCGCCAUGGCUGCGACGGCAUCCACGGCCUCGGGCUCCCCCGACGAUCUGCCGGCCCGCGAUAAACUGCCAGAUGAGCCACGGGGGAAAAUACCCGAUCGGAUUACUGCUCCUCUCUUCCCGUUGGGCUACAAGGAGGGAUUCAGCCAAUGGUGGUCCAGUAUCCCCGCUGCAGCCGCUGAACACAAAGUCCUCUCUUUCGUCCCGUACCUCCAGCAUCCCCCCACCCACACGCAGACCGGAAAGGACGCUUUAACCCCGAGCGAAUCGACCGACAGCCUCACCUCCGCAGACCCCAGCCAGGCCGCUCAGGUCUCCGCCAAAUCCAUCAACGACCCCCAUGGCCCCCGCACCUGGCGCUCCACCAUGGUCGAGCUAUCGGGCAGCAACCGCGCCCUGAACGAAUUCUCCGUCGAGCGCGUCGGCGAGAAGGUCGAGCACAACCUCGUCGUCCUCCACGGCUACGGCGCCGGUCUGGGAUUCUUCUACAAGAACUUCGAAGCUCUUAGUCGCGCCAAGGGGUGGCAAUUAUACGCCCUCGACAUGCUGGGGAUGGGCCGGAGCACUCGCCCGCCCUUUAAGAUACACUCCAAGCAACGCCAGGAAGCCAUCCGCGAGGCAGAGGAUUGGUUCAUCGACGCCCUGGAGGAAUGGCGCGUUAAGCGCAAGAUAGAUCGAUUCACGCUCCUGGGUCAUAGUCUGGGCGGCUACAUGGCCGUCGCAUACGCCCUCAAAUACCCCGGCCGCCUCAACAAGCUCAUCCUCGCCUCCCCCGUCGGGAUCCCCGAGGACCCCUACGCCGUCAGCGCCAACAUGCCCGAACCAACCGACUCCACCCUCGCCAACGAAUUCACCCAGGAUCACAACGACCUCACCAAACCUCCGCUCUCAAAAUCCGCAUCCUCAUCCGCAUCCUCAUCCGCAUCCGCAUCCGACAACAACAACUUCCUCAACGCCAAAAAAGCCCCAACAGACUCCUCUAAGCCCGCGCCCCGCCGCCCCCUCCCCAAGUGGCUCAAAUACCUCUGGGACGCCAAUGUCUCCCCCUUCAGCCUGGUUCGCUGGUCCGGCCCGCUGGGCCCCCGCCUCGUCUCCGGCUGGACAUCCCGCCGCUUCUCCCACCUGCCGCCCGCCGAGGCCCAGGCUCUGCACGACUACGCCUACUCCCUCUUCCGCAUGCGCGGGAGCGGCGAGUACGCGCUCGCCUAUAUCCUGGCGCCCGGGGCAUUCGCGCGCAGCCCGCUCAUCAGAAGAAUCCAUGGGGUCGGGAGGCAGGUGCUUAGCGAAACUGCUGGUUCGACGGUGUCCGCAGCGACGUCGUCGACAUCUGUCUCGACGCCGACGCCGACGUCUGCGUUUGCAGGAACGGCAGUCCGCGAGCCCGGGCUCCCCAUCACGUUCAUGUAUGGCGAGCAUGACUGGAUGGAUGUGGCGGGGGGGUAUGCGGCGCAGGCGCGGAUCGAGGAGGAGAAGCGGCGGGUGUUGGCGGAUGCGACGCCGGAGGAGAGGGCGAGGGAUAGGGGGGCGGCGAAGGUGGUGAUUAUCCGGAAUGCCGGGCACCAUUUGUAUUUGGAUGGGUGGGAGGAGUUUAACGAGGUUAUGUUGGGGGAGAUGAGGGCGGUUGAGCAGGAGGAGAAAGGGGAGAGGAGGCAAUAA